CUCCGCCAGAACCAAAGUUAUCUUAGACGGAUCGUGAAUGACGGCGCUGCUCUCCUGGGUGAACCUGGCGCUCUACGCGCUGCAGCUCUUCGUGAAUGGGUUCUCAUCGCACAACAUCGGGCCCAUGUCGCGUCGCUACGAGACGCUCAUCACGCCAGCGCCCUACGCGUUCAGUAUUUGGGGAUUUAUUUACACUUUUCUGGCUGCCACAGUCGUCGUCGACUGCUUCUGGCCUUCGGUCUCCUUCUACACAAGUGCCCCCAAUGCCAACGUUUUGCGCACGCUCUUUGCUGUCUCCUGCCUCAUGAACAUGGCGUGGAUCGUCUUCUUUACCAACGAAUACGUGAAUGUGGCCACCGCUACGCUCAUUAUCCUGUGGCUCUCGCUCUUCGCACUCUACGCACAUAUCGCCACGGAGCGCCGCGACACCGGCUUCGACCUCAAGCGCUAUGUGCUCAGCGAACUGGGUCUGAUUGUCUACUUUGCCUGGACCUGCGCCGCCACGCUCAUCAGCUUCGCCGUAACGGCACAGUACGUGGCCGGUGACUAUUUGUCGCUGACGUCGUAUGUGGCGUUGCUGUCGCUGCUGGCGGUCGCCACACUGUCCGCUGUCAUCUACGAGGGCGACGUCGCCUUCGGUCUCGUGGUCAUCUGGACGCUGGUCGGCCUUGCUUCCAAGACCACCACGCUGGAUGCGCGUGUUGAGCUCAUCGCGAUGAACAUCCGCGCAUGCGCCACGCAGAGUGCCGCUAUCGUCGCCGCCUUCAUCAUCAUCUCCGCUGCGCACAAGUUGAUGGCCCCCAAAACACAUUUCCAACCUCUGCAAUUGGGCGCACCUCUCUAUGGCGACAAACCCGUCAACUACGGCACCAACCACGCGUAA